AUGGAGCCAGAGGGGAGCACGGAGGGACACGCCGCUAAUUUGGCUCAAUCUGCCGCCUCCAAACUGUCCCAGAUGAGCGAAAGAACUAAACAACUGGUGGUCCAAGACCCAGAGCGGCAGAAACGGAUUAUUCUGGUGAUAGUCUGCACAGCACUUUUAUUAGACAACAUGCUUUACAUGGUAAUUGUGCCAAUCAUACCCGAUUACCUCGAAGGGCUACAGAACGCAGCGGAUCGUGCCCAAGCCGCGCUGCCGCACACCAACUCCACCAACAGCACCGUCCACAAACUACCCAAGGGCAACUUCGACCUACAGAUCGGUGUCCUGUUCGCCUCCAAGGCCAUCCUGCAGCUCCUGGUGAACCCGCUGAGCGGCACGUUCAUCGACCGGGUCGGGUACGACAUCCCGCUCUUCAUCGGCCUCAACGUCAUGUUUCUCUCCACUCUUAUCUUUGCCUUCGCCGAGAACUACGCGACCCUGUUCCUGGCGCGCAGCAUGCAGGGCCUCGGCUCGGCUUUCGCGGACACCUCGGGGAUCGCCCUGAUCGCGGACAGGUACACGGAGGAGACGGAGAGGAGCAAGGCGCUGGGCAUCGCCCUGGCGUUCAUCUCCUUUGGGAGUCUCGUGGCGCCCCCCUUCGGAGGCGUCCUCUAUGAGUUCGCGGGGAAACGCGUGCCCUUCCUGAUCCUGGCCGUCAUCUGCCUGGUUGAUGGGAUUUUGUGCCUGACGGUGCUGAAGCCCUUCUCCAACCGGGAGAGAGAAAACAUGCCGGUGGGCACCCCCAUAUACAAACUGAUGAUUGACCCGUACAUAGCUGUCGUGGCCGGCGCUCUGACCAUCUGCAACAUCCCCCUCGCCUUCCUCGAGCCCACUAUCGCCAACUGGAUGGAGGACACCAUGCACGCCAGCCAGUGGGAGAUCGGCAUGACGUGGUUCCCUGCCUUCUUCCCUCAUGUCUUAGGCGUGUAUCUCACUGUCAAGUUGGCGGCCAAGUACCCCCACCUCCAGUGGUUUUACGGGGCCAUAGGCAUGGUGUUCAUAGGCGCCAGCUCCUGCACUGUGCCCGCCUGUAAGAACUUUGGAGAGCUCAUGAUCCCGCUCUGUGGAAUCUGUUUCGGCAUCGCCUUCGUGGACACGGCGCUCCUGCCGACGCUGGGCUUCCUGGUGGACGUGCGCCACGUGUCAGUGUACGGCAGCGUGUACGCCAUCGCAGACAUCUCCUACUGCGUGGCCUACGCCCUGGGGCCCGUGGCGGCUGGACAGAUCGUGCACGACCUGGGCUUUGUCCAGCUCAACUUGGGCAUGGGCCUCGCCAAUGUGCUUUACGCACCGGCGCUCCUACUCCUGAAGAACGUGACGAAGAUGAAGCCCUCGUACUCGGAGAGAAAUAUGCUCCUGGAGGACGGCCCGACGGGACUGUAUGACACGAUUAAGAUGGAGCAGCGGGAGAAGAAGAGGAAGGGUUUGUGCACAACCAUCGACGAGAACGGCAUCGAAACCUUUGCGCAACGGUCCCACUCAGAGGAGGAAUCCUCGGGCGGAGAGUACGCGUAAAAAAAAAAAAUUAAAAAAUAAUAAAAAAAAAGACCUUCAGCCGAGUGUCAAACUAUCAAAGUGCCCAUGUAGAGUUGUGUGCAUCCAGCCCGAUCCAAUCAACCGCAUAAACACGAUUAGGAUUGUGUAACAACAUAGAUAAUUUACCGCCUCUGGUGACAGUCCCUCCGGGUAUUGUCAAGUCAAGUAGCUUCACGCUUUUUGCAGUAGAAAGGCGCUCGCCGGCGUUUUGUUCAUCUUAAAGUGAGAGUAUUGUGAGCGAUUUGUUGAGAUAAAUGUCUACUCAUCCGCAGUAUUUAUCACUGUAUCAGAAACUGACUCAUAUCGUAUUCAGGGAUCAUGUGUAAAUGUAUUUUAAAAAGAAGAGAAUAUGUAAUGUAUAUGCGUCUUUCAGUGUAAUCUGUACUUGUUUUUUUUUUAUUAUUCUUUAUCUUUUUUAUUUAUUUUUUGAUUUUUUUUUAUUUGCCAGAGUUGUGCUGCUAAACUCAAUAUGCAAUACUGUGUGUCACACUGCAGUGUUCGAAAAGAUACAAGAGGUGGACCCGAGCUGAGAUCUGCGUCUUUGUGUCUGUUUAUUCGGAUUUAUUGUUUUUUGUUUGUUUUGUUUUUUUGGAUGAUGGUGUACUUCCGGAAUGCAAAGCCUCGUUGUAUGAUCUGCGACUGUACAGACAUGUAUAUUCAUGUACAUAAUUAAAUCAAUAUUAUGUGAACGAAGCUGUCUAUGGAAAUCGUUUAUUUAGGCAAGUAAUGGAAUUAUUUAUUGCGGUUUAUGA